UGGUCACAGACGUGGCUCAACAAUAAAUAAAGUCAAUUGUCAAAGACGGCCUACCUUUUUUGACGAAAGCAGUAUCUGGAGACUGUGGCCGUCAUUAUUGAAAGGCCUUUAUCAUAAAUAAAGCUAGAAGAUAUCGGAGGGCGAAAGAAUUGUACUAAGCUAUAAAAUAAAAUAUAAGAUUGAACUCGUCCUGUACGGUACAUUUUUAUCGAGUACUAUCACACUAGACUUGAGGAAGGAAAAGAGCAGCCGGAGCAGCAGAACACCAGCGAAACAGGUGAACCGUCCUUGUGUUGUGCCCAUGGCAAUUUCUGCUGCUUUUCAUGGUUCUGCUACUUUCUUGUGUGUGCUCGUAUUUCUUGUAGCAAACGUUGGGGGGAGACAUCACAGAAGCAGAUAUGCCUGUUCUCCUUUCUCCUGCGGGGAUCUUAGAAAUGUGUCUCAUCCUUUCCGUCAACGAGGUGAUCCAGCUGGGUGCGGUGUUCUGUCGUACGAGCUUGCUUGUAGCGAUACCAAGGCAACAAUUCACAUCAACACAGGGGCAUACUAUGUGGUUGGCAUCAACUAUACAGCUUCUUCCUUCUGGGUGGUGGAUGCCAACUUGAACAUGCACAGCACCUGCCCUUAUUCUAGCUGGGAUCAGUUUCCUCAAGUUUAUGGCCAGACAGGGUACCAGCCGGACACCAUAAGCUUGGCACCUUCCAAUGAAGUUACAUGGGCAAGCUUUUUGAAUUGCUCGCAGGCAGUAUGGAACAAUGGCAGGUACAAAGCAGUCACUUGCCUAAGCACGAGCAACUCUUUCGUUUAUGUAGCCACUUCAAAGAAUCCUUUCUAUGUUGGAGACCUCGAGGCUUCUUGUGGACACUUUGCCAUGGUUCCUCUGGGUGGUGGUUGGGGCAAGAGAGUGCCAGAGAACGCAAGUUUUGAAGAUGUCGUGAGAUUCAUGAGGAAUGGAUUCGCCGUCCGAUUUCCAUACACCCACAAUCUGCCUAAAUUGACAAACAGGGAUAUCUCCUUUGCCAAGCUAUAUCGCAUAUUCCGUGAAGACAGAAACAAUUAUCAUCGGAUUUUCUACCUCCUUUGGAUUGAUUUUUAUGUCUGGUACGGGAUGCUUCAUGUCAGCAAAGGAAUAGCACUUGCCCUGUUGAUUGUGAAGCUUAUAGCUGUAUUGUGCAGGUUCGUCCUGGCACCACUAGCAGUGUUGAUCUUCCUUGCCCACAAAUACUUGAAAACAAGAAUAACAAUUGACGCAGUUGAGAAGUUUCUGCGAAUGCAACAAAUGAUUGGUCCGACAAGAUACACCUACACAAACAUCACUGCAAUCACAAGCCAUUUCAGAGAGGAGCUUGGCCGAGGAGGUUAUGGAUCCGUGUACAAGGGUGUGGUGCUCCCAGGUGAUGUCCAUGUUGCUGUCAAAAUGCUGAGCAACUCCAAAUGCAAUGGAGAAGAGUUCAUCAGCGAGGUCUCCACAAUCGGCCAGAUCCACCAUGUCAAUGUGGUGCGCCUUGUGGGGUUCUGCUCGGAGGAAAUGAGGAGGGCACUUGUCUAUGAGUACAUGCCCAAUGGUUCUCUGGACAAGUACAUAUUUUCACCAGAGAAGAGAUUCUCCUGGGACAAACUCAAUGAAAUUGCACUGGGCAUCGCCAGGGGGAUUAAUUACCUGCAUCAGGGUUGUGACAUGCAGAUUCUACACUUUGAUAUCAAGCCACAUAACAUCCUUCUUGACAACAACUUUGUUCCAAAAGUUGCUGAUUUUGGGCUGGCCAAACUAUACCCAAGGGAUAACAGUUUCAUGCCGGUGAGUGCUAAAGCAGGAACAAUAGGUUAUAUGGCUCCAGAGAGGAUAUUUCGGUGCUUUGGCGCCUUAUCCAGCAAAUCAGAUGUGUACAGCUUCGGGAUGCUGCUGUUGGAGAUGGCCGGAGGGCGCAGGAAUGCUGAUAAUGCAGCAAACUCAAGUCAAGUGUACUACCCGUCGUGGGUGUACAGCCAGUUGACUCGACAACAAGUAUUUGGUGAGAUUAGUGUAGCUGUCGAUAUGCAUGAGUUGGAGAAGAAGCUAUGCAUUGUUGGGCUCAGGUGCAUCCAGAUGAAGCCUCAGGAUCGGCCGGCCAUGAGCGAGGUCAUAGAGAUGCUUGAAGCUGGCAUCGAUGGCCUUCAAAUACCUCCGAGGCCAUUCUUCUGUGAUGAUGAGGACGGUCAUACGGUGGGCUAUUCUUGCUUGUCCUCCGAACUGGAUGAAAUAGACGGGGAUGAUGAGUGAAAUGGAUAUGUCCUUGUGCUAUAAAUGUACAAGGUAUGGCAGGCAUGAUUUGACGGCAAAAGAUCAUACGAAGCCAUUUGGUGGUCUAUCCUCGUACUGCAUUGAAACGGUUUGCUCCCUGCUCGUUUGUUCAGUACUAGGGUAUGUUUGUUUAGACAGAUUAGCGUUUAGCAUUGACAAAAAAAAUGUUGGUGCCCAGAUAGAGAGCAUGAGUGUAGUGUCCCUGAUUUUGGAGA